AGAGUUUGACCGGGCAAGAGUCUGGACGACACAUGGGACAAAACGGAAAGACUGCGGAGAAAUUGUGAUAUCUAUAGACAAUGGAAAGACUCGGAAGGCUGUUCAAAGAGCUGGGAAGCACGAAGACUUCUUAGCUGGAGUCAGGACUCAGCAGGCGCCCACCUAGUCAUGACUCCUUCGGACCCGAAGCCCCACUGAAGACCUUGAAAUAGAGCCGCACUCCAUCGUUGCACGUCACCAUCAUCUUAUCCAAAGCCAUCAUGCCCACAGUAACAAGGCUACUCUAUCAGAAUUUUAUGCAGGUUGAUAGUGGACAGCUGUCUGCCCACAUUAUAUCUGAAUCAAACUUGAUCGAAGAGCAGCAUCAGUUGUGCAAUUUGUUAGAAAGGAACGAGGGACGUGCCCUUGGCCUUGCUGGCGAAUUUGCACCCACUGGAGAGCUCGCGAUGCUUGCAAUCGCAGACAUGUCGACGAUUAUCAUUAUCGAAUUCAAGUUAAACUUGAAGAAGAGCAAGGGCAAUGAACACGAUAAACGCCCUGUCACACGCGCCAGCAAGGUAAACAACACUGCCGCUCGGGAGUUUUUGACACAGAACCUCCUCCGCCGCACCACCGGAUUUUUAUACGCAUUCAACCUUGCACCGAUUGCCCUUGCUCUAUAUCAAACACUUGGUCUUCGAAUCGCAAAUGCGAUCGAUAUACAGUGCGCAGGAUCGAAAACACGUGCCCCGCUCACCACCAUUAAACAGGCCGUUGGUGAUCGUCAUUGUAUAUACGAUGCAAACAUCAACGAAGUAUUCUGCAAUGACACCAUCAUCGAUCAUCUCCCCGCUGCUAAGGAUGGAACUACUUCACUUGCACUACGUGCAUGGAUCGCACACUACAUCUCACAACUCUCGACUAUGGAGGAUCGUCUCGCGCAAGUGCCCCCAGUGGACACCUUCCGGCUCUCUGAUGAGGUAUUGGGAUUCCUCGCGAAGAGCUCGAAGGAUUCGUUCCAGCUCGAGCAGAAGAAGCCGACCGAGGUCACGCGCCAGUUUGCCACUUCUAUCGAUCUUGAGAACAACCACAUCCAUGCCCAAGCCGACAGAUACCAGAACAGAAUUCGUGAGGGCCGGCAUCAGCGUGCAUUCAUUGAUAUUGGCCAGCGCGCAGGGUGUGGCUUCACUGUUGACGGUCAGGUUACCAAGUCUCGGGGUCACAUCGCGAAACUCGUUCCCGCCAACAGUCUCAGUUUCGUUGACAAGACCAUCAGCUCAAUCAAGAUCGUUGGCCGUGAUGACCCCACGCAGGCUGAAACCCAGCGUGCUCAGAAGGUUCUAGAGAUCCUUCAAGGUCUUAUCGACCUCAAGCACGACAACCCAUGGGUUCAGCUAAUAUUCUUUUCAUCUCCCAGGGAUGACUUCCAGUGGCCCUCCGCUUGGACAGAGGAGGCGAAUGAUGCGGGUAUUACGAAAGCUGUGAAGCAGAUGCUCCAGCAGUCGAAUGACGGGCGUCUUACUGUCAUCCAGGGGCCCCCUGGAACCGGUAAGACCACUGUCAUCGCCUCAUUUGUUCAGACUGCCUUGGCCAAUGGACUCUCUGGCAUCUGGCUCAUUGCCAAAUCCAAUGUUGCCGUCAAAAAUAUUGCCGAGAAACUCGCUGACUUUGGCCUGACCAAUUGGAAGCUUCUCGUCUCAAAGGAAUUUUUCGACCACUGGCAUGAGCACCUCUAUGCUAACAUUCGGGCUAAUGCCAUCAUAUCCGAGGACUUCUUUGCGCCAGGUUUCUCUAAGGAGCUCCAGACCACCCCGGUUAUUCUCUGUACUUUGUCUAUGCUCUCAUCUCCCGCUCUUCGAAAGCGUGGAGGCCUUGAAGCUGCGCCACUCAGGACCCUCGUCAUCGACGAAGCAUCCCAAAUUGAGAUUGGUGACUACAUUCCUGUCUUCACCUCUCACACCUCCAUUAGAAAGGUGUGCUUUAUUGGUGAUGACAAACAAUGAUGAUAUCCAGGACCUGAAGAGCAUCUUCGAAGUCAAGCAUCUCAAGGACCAUGCCAUAUUUUUAAAUACCCAAUACAGGAUGCCCCCUCAAAUUGGAAGCUUCAUCUCUGAAGCUGUGUAUGAUGACCUACUUGAGUCGAAUCCACUACAUCCCGUCAC